UACAGACUUGACAACAACAACAGCCGCCGUGUGGUGGUUAGAGCAGACCAGACUGAGCCAGCAGAGCCGCAAUCACGUCAAUUAAUGGCCAACAACUAAUAUUGCAAAUAAUAAUAAAGCAAUAAUUAAAUUCGGCAAGCAAGAUGAACUUUCCGCUUGCAAACUCCAACAAGGAUACACUAAGAGCGGCAUGCAAAAAAUGCGGCUAUGCAGGUCACCUGACCUAUCAAUGCCGCAAUUUUCUCAAGGUGGAUCCGAACAAAGAGAUACUGCUGGAUGUUGAAAGCACCAGCUCCGACUCGGAACUGGACUAUUUGACACCGUUAACCGAGCUGCGCGCUCAGGAACUUAAAAGUGGCGAUAUUGCAACAGCUGCAGCUUCAACAACAACGGCAACAACAACAGCGGCAACAAGCGCUAGCAAGCCAGAUAAGAAGAAGAAAAGCAGCAGCAGCAGCAGCCACCACAAAACAAGCAAGAGAAACAACAAUAAAACAACAACAACAGCCACGAAACACUCAAAAACCGAUCGACACAAGAAGCGCAAGAGAAAGAGCAAGAAGCACAAGAAGAGCAGUGGAACAACAACUAGUGGUGGCACUAGAGUCGACGUUGCAUCUGUUGCUGCCGAUGAGAGCAAAUUAAAGAAAGCCAGCCGCAAGCAAGUGUCCAAAAAACACAAGAGCAAUAGCAGCAGCAAAAAAUCAAAACGUCGACGUGCUGCCAGCAGCAGCAGCAGCACAAGUUCAUCAUCAUCAUCAUCGUCGUCGUCAUCGUCAUCGUCCGACAGCGAUUCAUCAACGGACUCAUCGAGCAGCGACACCGAAUCCGAUUCCAGUGACAACGAGGAGUCGAGCACCAGCGAAUCGGAUGAAUAUGGACGCAAAAAGAAACGACAGGGCAAAUACAAACGCAAAGCGGAAGCGACAGCACCGCGUCGCAAAAAGGCAAAGGCCAAACGUAGCCGGCAUCGUGUCGGCGGUUCAAGCGCACCGGGCGCCAGCAGUUACCUCAGCAGCCUCAGCGAUAGCAGCACCUACUAGCAACUAGCAACGAGACUACCCAAAGCACCAUCAUCUUUUAGUUUAAAAUGAGCAAAUUAGGCUAGUUAUAACUACCAUAUAUUUACCAUACAUAUGUAACUAUAUACAUACACGUAUAUUGUGCAUAUACAUAUAUAUGAAUGUUGGUCAAGUAAUUGUGUUUUGACAGAAUAGAAACACUUACUUGACAAACUGUAUAUAUGUUCAUAUCGUUCAUUUCAACACUUCAAGACUGUCAUAACUCCAAGAUCAUGAUCACCCUUCGAUUCUCCCAUUUAGAGUAUACAAGUUAUAAAGUUCUAUAUUUGUACACAAUAUAAAACAUGAGUUUGGACAAUCUUGAAGUUAAUGAGCGAUAUAUAUUCCACAAUGCGCAUUCACAUGAAGCCAAUGUGAGCACAGCUGGCGGAUCAGCUAAGACAGCGCUUCCUUUAACCUUUAGCAGACUGCCCGAUAAAUGCCACAACACACAUACACAUACACCCACACACGUAGACUUGUCUUAGUGUUAAGUUGAAUGAUACUGUUCUGGAAAAUAUGUUUUAUGAUUUGCAACAAUACAACAAAUUAGUUUGUACAAAACCGUUGAAUACGCA